AUGAGUGUUUCUACAAAUGAGGGGCCCCCCCUUGAGGGUAUUUUGCUGCUGCUUAGAGACGAAAAACCUCGAACUAAAUUUGCUGGUGUUGUUCGCCUAGCACAACUCCUAAAAGAGAGCAGCAGCAGCACCAGCAGCAGCAGCAGCAGCAGCAGCAGCAGCAGCAGCAGCAGCAGCAAUGUGCUGGACGAGGCUACGGCUCUGGCGGUGGUUCGUGCUGCUCAGCCUUCAUUUUUGAGAGAUUUGCUGCUCGCUGCUGCACCAUAUCGAAGCGUUGCUCUCUUCUUGCUGCAGCUGCUGCUGCAGCACAAAUCUGUGCUGCUGCGCCUCCGCUGCUGCCUUAUGCCGCUGCUCUGGCUGCUGCUGGUGCAGCAGCAGCAAAUUUCCGCAGCACUCAGACCGCUGCAGCAAAGCCCCGAGCAGCAGCAGCAAGAACAAAUGCAGCAGCAGCAGCAGAAGCAGCAGCAGCAAGCAGAUUCAACAUGCGGAGCAGCAGAAACUGCCGCAGCAGCAGGUGCUGUCGCAGCAGCAGCAGCAGAAGCAACAGACACAGCAGCAGAAGCAGCAGUAGCAGCAGCAGCAGGAGAAGGAGAUAUGGAUGCUGCAGCAAUUGAAUAUGGGUUGUCUUUAGAAGACGCAGCAACAAUAGCGGGUUUGCUGCGGAUGUUUGUGUGCGACGUUGGCUAUAAGAAAGUUGCUGCUGCUGCUGCUGCUGCUGUUGCUGCUGAAACUUCAGCAGAUGGCUCAUUGCUGCUGCCCGAAGCAGCAGCAGCAGAGCAGCGGCAGCAAUUUGAAGCAGCUCUCGCUGAGGCGGAGAAGUACAUGGAGGAGUGGUCUGCAGCAGCAGCAGCAGCAGCAGCAGCAGCAGCAGCAGAACCAGCAGCAGCAGCAGCAGCAGCAGCAGCAGCAACAGCAGCAGCAGCAGAAGAAGAAGAAGCUGCUGAUGAGUUAGAGCUUGAAGGCACCGAACUUCAUAAAGAAUGGCUGAAGGGUGUGGGGGGCCCCCAAGAGGAGACAGACAUCGAGAGCAGCAGCAGCAGCAGCAGCAGCAGCGACAGCGAAACAGAAGAAGACAGCAGCAGCAGCAGCAGCAGCAGCAGCAAAGUGCUGUGGAUUAAAGGCACAGGGGCCGGGGGAGGAGACUGCCUCGCCGUCGCAUGCAAUGUGCUGCUGCAGCAACAAGCAGAAGAACCCCUGCUGCUGCUGUCGCUGCUGCUGCAGCACCUGCACCCUUGCACGCUGUCUUUGCUGCUGCCUUCUCUCGUUCUUCGUUUAUCUGCUGCUGAUGGUUGCGAUCUUAUUGCUGUGGAGCCCCUAGCCCUUUGGCUUGCUGCUGCUGCUGCUGCAGCAGAACCCCAGCCGCAGCAGGAGCAGCAGCAGCAGAGGAAGCUGCUGAAGCAGCAGAAGCGAGCAGCAGCAGCAGCAGCAGCCAUUGAGGAGUUUAGGAAGAAAUACCUCAAGCAAGUAUCUGUCUCCCUCAAGAAGGCUCUCAGCAGCAAGGUGCCGCUGCAGCAGAGAGGGCAGCUGCUGCAGUGCUGCAGUUUGCUGCUGAUCUUGUACGGCCGCAGCUGUCUCCUUACACCCGAUUGCCUUCGGCUGAUUUGCGUUUGCUGCGGGGUCUCCGCUCUGGAAAUUCGGCUCUACUUUGACCGCUGCAGCGAUGCAGCACGAGCAGCAGCAAGCAGCAGCAGCAGCAGCAGCAGCAGCAGCAGCAGCAGCAGCAGCACGGUGCUGAUGAAGCGCACGUGGGAUCCCCGAGCGAUUGUGCCUCGGGCGCUUACAACGAAGGAGAAGACAGCAGCAGCAGCAGCAGCAGCAGCAGCAGCAAACGCAGCUUUUAUGUUUGCUGUUUGCUGCAUUCGUUUAUUGGGGCAGCAAGCAGAGACACUUGAAGAGGGGCCUAUCAGCGCACAAACGCUCGCCGCCGGAGGUGUUAGAGGGUUUGGCUGCUGCUGCGAGACUUUUGGGGGUUUGGAUGGCGUUAGAGCCCUCAGAGCACGGCACGAAGCAUCGGCUAGCGAUUUGGGGUGUCUCUGCAGCUCCUUGUUGGCUGCUGCUUUUCUGUCUCCUCUUGUUGAGGACCCUUUUAAACAUGUGCAGCAGCUAGACAAGCACAAGCAGCAGUUGCUGCUGCUGCAGCAGCAGCUCGAUGCUGCGGCUGCAUCUCCUGGAGCUUCAGCAGCAAACAGCAGCAGCAGCAGCAGCAGCAGCAGCAGCAGCUUGAUGGGCCCCAGGCUGCCUCCUUGCCCUUUCCCUUUACCUGCUGAUGUGGGGCCGCUGGCAGCAACGCCAGCAGCAGAGUUGUGCGUUAGAAUAGGGAUGUCUGUACACCAGGCUGUGAUGCUGCUGCUGAGCAGCAGCAGCAGCAGCAGCGCCAAAGCAGCAGCAGCUGCUGUUGCGGGUGCGCGGGGUUUCUCUGCGCAGACGUUCUCUCAAGCUGCAGCACAGCAGCAGCAGCUGCUGCAGGAGCCCAGACCUUUUGUCUCUGUCUUCGGCAGCAGCAGCAGCAGCAACAGCAGCAGCAGCAGCAGCAGCAGCAGCAAGGCCGAGGUGAGGAAGUGCUUUCUAUGGGCAGCAGACGUCAUCAGCUGCUGCGCUGCGCUUGUGGGGCUCCGCUGCAAUGCAGCAGAACUGCAGCAACUCGUCCCUCGGCAGCAGCAAGAGAUGCUCUGGGUUGGAUGA